CCACAGGGCGAGCUCUGACAAUAACAAAAGAUCAUGGGAUUAAUAAUAAACAUUGAAUAGCUCGUUCAAUGGACGCAUGCUAUCGUUGUCCUUCAAUUAUCCACGAGAAACUCGCCCGUUAACGUUUAUCCGUAUCAAUCGUCAUCAUGUUAGCUUUCUUCCCAGUCUAUGGGUAAAGAUAAUGUUGCGAUCUGAGACUACGUAGAGUGCGUGUGACGAUAACAAUGGACCAAAAUAAGAAGAGACUGGGGAGCCAACUGUGUAAAGCCGUGAAGGAUGAGGACCCAAGGUCCGUGCAGGCGCUGCUCUCGCGGGGCGCCAGGGCCGACGUGGUGGGCGCCAGGGGCGUGGCGGCGGUGCACCUGGCCGUGGGGAAGGAGACGGAGAAGAGCAUCCGUUGCCUGAAGCUGCUGCUCCAGCACGGAGCGGACCCCAACGCCAGGUCGUCCGAGGGUCUUACACCCCUCCAUGUGGCUGCGCUGUGGGGGUGUUACCAAAACGUCAAGCUGCUGUUGGCCAAUGGAGGGAACCCCAAUGUUACCGACCAGGAUGGGAACACUCCGGGGCAGUUUGCAGAGCAACAGGACAACCGCAAGUGUGCCCAACUCCUCCAGAGCCACCAGACCCAGUCCGCAGACGGCCAAGAGGAUCUGACGUGUUUCCAAUACUCUCUAUACUCGGACCAGACGGACGUGUCGAGCUACCCCGACUCAGAGACCAGCCUCAGCUCGCGCUCCUCCAUGAUCAGCGACUUUGGUGACGACCCGCUGAGCAGCACCAGACACUCUGCCCUGUUCGACCACCGGGCACCGAGCCAACCCACCCCCUGGUGGAGACGGGGGCCCUCGAACGGCCAGGGGGACGCCAACCCCACCGGGGCCGGGGGUCCGGGCCGAGACUGGAACCAAAACAAAGAGUGGGCGUGCGGCGACGGACCCUCGUUCCUGUCCAGCACCCGCGUGUCCACGGUGGGCUGCGCCUCCGCCGGGCCGGUCCCCCAAGAGGACGUUUCGUUGGGGGACGUCACGUGGGCGCCAAACCCCUUGGAGGGCCCGUCGCUCCUGUCGAGCACGCGCAUGUCUACGGCGGGACCCGAUCCGCCCUAUCAUAAUGUUGAGGCUCCGUUCCAAAGGGGGAGCUCACACCCUCUAGGGCUUGAGGGCCGACUUUCGGCCAUAAACAUAGACGCUCCUACGAUCGCCGUCGCCGGCCCCCCCAGGCGAGCGAGCCGCAAGAGCGUCAGCUUCCGCGCGGCGGCCGAAUAUUUCCCCGUUUUCAGGCCGGACUCCGCUGAGCCUGCGUUCGACACGGCGCCCUUUGACUCCUCCCAGGACGCCGACUUUCUGAGCUCUGAGCACCUGGUGACCGUCCUGCAACGGCAGGGCAUCGACGUGACCUCGCCCGACCACGUGCACGUGUUUGACUGGGACUGCGGCGAUGACACAGAGGGGGACAUGGAGAAAACGGUGAUGAGUAACUUCCGUUUGGCCGGGGGCGAGGAGACAGACGACGAGGAGGAGGAGGAGGACAGCAGCAGUGGGAGUCACUACAGCAGCUGUGACAGCGACCAUUACACGACCGCCCACUACACCACGGCCCACGGAGGCCUCGUACCGUCCAGCCGCUCCGCCUCCUCCGAGGAGGAAGCGAGGGAGGGAGCGCCGACACCGGAAGACCAACCUGAACAGGAGGCGGAGUCAAAGCUGGACAGAGCAGAGGAAGUACCAGCCCGGGCGGGCAAACCCAGCCGGUCCGACCAACCGCCUGCCACCGACUCUGAACCCGAACCCCCUCGGGACGUUUCAGAAAAGGCGGUCAAUAGCGCAAAUGAGGACGCCGACGGUGUUGGUGAUGAAGCCACCGCCCGAGCCCGCCGCAGUCCCGUCGCCCAAGCGGCCGGGGGCCCCCCCGAAGACCCCGACACCCCCUUCACCCCGAGCCCGUUCGUGACGGGCCGGACCCGUUCCAGGCUGAGCCGCUGCUCGGUGAGGUGCAGCGGCGGCGGCGGCGGCAGCAGCCGGACCCUGGAGAGCCUCCUCUCCGACGCGUCCCUCUUCGAGGCGACGCUGCCCACGCCGGUCAGAACCAGCCGCAAGACGCCCCGGUCUCAGAGCAGCGACGACGUGUUCUACCCCAGCCCGCGGCCGCGCGGCUACGCCCAACCGAGGGGCGACGGCAGCAGGGAUCUCCCGGGGAGCUCCUUGACCUCUGACCUCCAGUCGUCGCGGUCCAGCUCGGGGCUGAGCGACAGCCAGGCGGACACCUUCAUCCUCCCGCGGGGCGGGGCCGAGCCGUCGCAGAGUCUGCCCGACACCCUCAUUCUGGAGAGGCAGGCGGACUCGCAGAGCCUUCACUGUGAGGAUUACCUCAAGUCAUACGCGCCCAAGGUGGUGUGUCACGAGAUCAGAGAAGAGGAGGAGGAGGAGGAGUUUCUGACCGACGACCGGACCAGCUCCGACGCGGUGAAUCCGCGGGAGGAACCGAACGCAGCGGCAGGAGCUGAGCGGAUGGACGUCCCGGGGAGCAGAGGGAAUCCCUGGAUCACGGAGGGCAGCGACACCGACGUCGACCCCAGCAGCACCACCACCACCUCCUCCUCUCCGACGGGCUCGUCGUCCGCCAGCUCGUGCUACUUCUCCCCGAGGAGGCCCCGGGAGGGCUCCUCCGACACCCCCGUCACCCCGGGCGCCACGGGCUGCACCCCCAGGUUCAGCAUGAGCCGGCUGUCGCUGGGCCUCCGCCGGUCCCAGGGCCACCUGGCCCCCGACCGCCACCCCCGGGCCUACACCCCCGGGGGGCGGCCGGCCGCCCCGCCCCCGGAGGAGCCCGUGGAGUACCUCUACACGGACACGGAGCAGGGCCACGAGCUGAUCGAGACGCACAUCCCCCCCACCGGGGCUGAGGAGACGGUGCUGUACGACUGGAGGUCCCUGAGGGCCGACAGAGAGGAGGAGGUGAAGGGGGGCAGAGCGUUGCCGGACACCCUGGGGAUGACGGACAAGGAGCUGAGGCGCCGGCUGGUGGCGCUGGGGGAGAGCCCGGGGCCCAUCAGCACUCGGACCCGGCCCGUGUACGUGAAGAGGCUCCGUCGUCUCGUCCUGGAGUCGAACUCGCCGGCGACGCCUCAGCAGCAGCUCAAGCAGCCGGACCACACGCACACAGACUUAGGCUACAGUGUGGAGCUGAGCAGAGCCCUGAGGACCUUUGACCUCCCCGACUGCCACGCGGCCGAGAUGGAGCUCUGCCAGCAGUUCGACCAGCCCGACCAGAACAAGAAGUGGAGGGAGGGGGUCAUCAAGUCCAGCUUCAACUACCUGCUUCUGGACCCCCGGGUGACGAAGAACCUGCCGUUCCGCAGCCGCAGCAUGUCGCCCCAGGAGUGCUUCCACACCUUCGUGCACGCUGUGUUCUACGUGGGGAAGGGCAAGCGCUCCCGGCCCUACAGCCACCUGUACGAGGCCCUGGAGUACUUCAAGGGGGACAAGACCUCGAAGAAACUGUGCUCCAAGGUGCAGCACAUCCUGCAGGUGUGGCGCGAGGACCAGGGGGUCGUCUCCCUGCACUGCUUCCAGAACGUAAUCCCCGUGGAGGCCUUCACCCGCGAGGCCUGCAUGGUGGACGCCGUCGGGCUGAAGAUGCUGACCAACCAGAAGCGAGGGGACUACUACGGCGUGGUCUCCACUUGGCAGGCCAGGAAGAGGCGGGAGCUCGGUGUGCACCUGCUCUACCGGGCCAUGCAGAUCUUCCUGGCAGAGGGAGAGCGCCAGCUGCGGCCUGCAGACAUCAGACAGUAGCGCCCCCUACUGGAUGGAGGGUGAAAUACGAACGCUUUCUGAUUCAGGUUAAAGGAGACUCGUAUGCCACCCGUGAGUGGGAUCGGCCUUACAAGCCG